AUGGGAUCUUCUGGACUUUUGAGCCUCUUGGUGCUAUUCAUCCUCUUAGCGAAUGUCCAGGGACCUGGUCUGACUGACUGGUUAUUUCCCAGGAGAUGUCCCACCAUCAGAGAAGAACGUGAAUUCAGAGAAAGGGAUGUGUGUACAAGGCACAGACAAUGCCAGGACAACAAGAGGUACUGUGUCUUCAGCUGUGGAAAAAAAUGUUUAGAUCUCAAACAAGUCUUUCUGCAGAUGUAUGUGAAAUGCCAAAUGAAACUGGCCCCUGCCUGGCUUUUUUUAUUCAGUGGUGGUAUGACAAGAAAAGUAAUACUUGCUUCACAUUUGUCUAUGGUGUCUGCUAGGGAAACAACAACAACUUCCAAUCCGAAGCCAACUGCCUGAACACCGUCAAGAAUAAACG